CCCAUCGCAAGCACUUUUCAGCACUUCGUCGGUGCCUGCUGCCAUGCCAGCUGUGCCGAAUGCCGGUGGAACCCCCUUGCUGGAAGCAGCGUGCAUUGGAUUCAUUGGAUGCAAAUCUCCGCAGCUCGAGGAAGGUCAUGGCCAUGGGGACAACGGGGAUUACCAUGCAUCUGCCCCGGCAUUCGAAGAGAUACAUCCAUCCGCCCCACCAGAGGUGCUGAGCCCAUCAGAAUUUCAACAGCUCCUGACCUCGCUACCUCAAGGGUCUUCAGAUUUGCCCACGGAGCAAGCUUUGAGACAAUUCCGCACUGCAACAGCUGGAAAGGUGGUUUGGACAGAACAGAUGCGGGAGAUCGCGACAUCCGCAGCAGGCGGAGGCUUGUUGAUGCGGGAGGCCUAUGAGCGACAAUUGAUCCUGGACCCUGAAAGCUUGACGACCACAGAUGGGCCAUGGGCUGAAUGCAUUCCAAGUGCACCUCCAGACACGGGGGCUGCACAAGCAGCACAAGCGCUAACGAGUCAAUUGAUGGUCAUCCGUUUCGAUGGAAAAGUGGCCAACAUUUCUGUUGUAGCUUCACAGACUUGGUUGGACAUUGGUCACCAAGCAGCCAGCCGUUUUGGUGACCUGGUCUUUGAUGCAUCCUCUCACGUGCUGCUGGGAGUUGGCCAAGCACCAAAUCGCGGCUUGAAAGUGGGGCAAGCCGUGAAGCUCACUGCUGUGAUCAAUCGACCUGAGUUGAAUGGCAAAAUUGGAAGGAUCACCAAGGUGAAUGGAGCAGAGGUGGAUGUUGCAUUGCCCAGGGAUCUUGAACGUUUGCACCAAGACAAUGUCAUGCCUCACAACGUCUCUGUAGUUAGUCGCUCAGAGUCUUUCCCCUUGGACUUCACAGCGGUCGCGGAUACGUCCACUGUGCUGCGGGUUCUUUGGCUUGAAAGGUCACCAGCUUCUCAAACUUCUCCGAAGUCCAGGGCAAGCACAACAGGACCCUUAAGAGCCAUUGGUUGGCAAUAUGUCGGGAUGAGCGCGCGCAAGCACAACUUGGUAUCUCUUGGCGAAUUCCGGAACUUCCUGUGGAACUUGCACUUGAAGGAUUCCAACUUUGCAGUGGUGAGCAAGCGGUUUGCGCCUACUGGAAAUUACAUUGACUACGAGGAGGUGCUUUUCCUCUUGGGCCGAUCACAUCUGCGUUGCAAAGAAGUGCCGAUUGAUGCGCUGAUCUACGAAGCCGUGGUCUCCAUCCUUGGGCGUCGUACAACGGCUCAUAUUGAUCGAGACCUUGGAGCAGAGGACAGAGGACUCGGGAAGAGGAAUGCCUGCAAAGAGCACUGUGCCAGCUACUUCACCUCUUUCAUCCUUGAAGUCGUGAUUUGGUCGACCAUUCUUUUUAUCCUCUUCAUGUUUUUUAUCGAUGAAUGCUUUUUGGACAUUGCGCUUGAACCCAUGAUGUUUAUUCCUGCUGCCCUUGCAUACGUCGUCUACAUCGUGCAUCUGGCCUGCUGUGUUCGUCUGACCCGAGCCUUUGCGAAUCAAACCGAAGGCAUUGAAUCUGUCAUGCUGUUGAUGGACAAACCGCGUCAUGAGAACCCACGCUACAAUUGGCAUGUCCAGUGUUACCACUAUAGGACGGAAAGGAGGACGAGGAGAAACAAGGAUGGAAAGACUGAAACCUACACUGAGCAAGUGAAAGUCAUUACUCAUUCCGCUAGUGCUUCUGGCACCAUUCCUUCAGAGGACUUGACUUCCGAGUUUCUUCCGAAUACCAUGGCAACACAGACGCAGAUUGAAACAAAGUUGGAUCUGGAUUUCUCCAGCAGCAACUAUCUCAUUGAGUACAACCGCUGGAAGAACUUCCACCGACGCGAUGUGUAUCAGGACAGCAGCCAUGCUGAAAACCUGCCCUCCAGGGUAGGGAGUUGUUUGGCAGUUUGGUCACAAAGGAACAUGCCCUGCUGGCUGAAUGCCGGUUGCUAUUGGUUGGCAAAUUUGUUUGCCAUGAGCUUCCUGUACCGUUUGCUGGCGCAAUCUCGAGUCGGAAAGCAGGAGUAUGUCUACGCGAAGAGGUGCUUCAAUAUUGUGAGAGGAAGGCUGUGAGUUUCAACCUGGUGACAUGUACAGCUGGUCACAGAGGGAUGCGCCAGCACCCUGGAUUUGGAUAGCCUCCCAAGGGGAUGGUGCUGUCGAACAAUCCUUAAACACCCCUGGGUGCCAAUCCUUUACAGUAGUCUCACGAUGUCUCACGCUGCCGUGGAGGGCAAUGUGAACGCGCAAAAAUAGCAAUCAUAUGCAAUCAUAGAAAUCGCUGC